UAUGUUAGCUACUCUGGAUCCACAGUCACACCGUGUGUGUCAGUGUGGCAAACAAGUAGUUGUGAGGUGUCUGGACUGCCUGCCUCUUCCAUUCCUUUGUGCUGACUGUGAUAUUGCAGUUCACACACGCUUUGUCCUGCACAACAGAGAGGCAGUAACAGGAGGGUUUUUGCAGCCUUCAUCAGAGUUUCACAAGCCAAUAGUUCGGCUGUUGCCUGUGCAAAGGCCAGACCAUGUGUGUGACUGCCCAGUAGGUAACUUUGAGGUUUCACCCGGCGCAAUUGUGGCUCUUGUAACCAUAAAUGGCCGUUAUAACCUUGAACUGCCAGUGGUGAGCUGCACCAGCUGUGACCUAAUGUGGUCCCCCUCAGUUAAGGACAUCCUGGGUAGUGGAUAUUGGCCUGGCACCUUAAAUUUCUGCACCCUGUUUUCAAUGGAUGUCUUUCAGUCUUUCUAUGACAUUAAGAAGGCUGCACCAGGGAUGUCACUUAAGGCAUUUGUCAAAAUGCUGGAUGAACGAACAGCCCAUUUUGGAAGGACUGGCCGAAUAUCAGCUGAUGCCUUCAGUAAAAGCUUUGUGGAGUGGAGUGCUGUAAAGUUUGAGGUGGACAGGAUGUGCAAGGAGCCAUGCAUUAGCUGCCCUGCCUGCACUCCAGACGUGCUUGCCGUCUCAGUUGAUGGAAACCAUAAGCUUUAUCGCAUUCAAUCAAAUACAAGCACUUCAGAGCAGGCGAACUUUGAAGGUGUCUUCAUUGAAAAAGAUGAGGAAGUUGCUGAGUUUAUGAAAUACAUCCAGAGACACACAAAUGAUGUCCCGGGGAAAGGGUUGUGCGGAUCUUCAUCUUGGACAGCAGCAAAGGAGUCGACCAAAAAGUCCACUGGGAAGUUGGAUGAAGAGGGCAUGGAAAUAGCUGUUUGUCGCCACGGAGUCCUCUUAGCUGCAUUGAACAUGUUUCGAGGGAGAUCUUUGCUUACCCCCUUUUUCUCCAGAGGAAGUUGGCAGCUAGCAUCCCAGGACAUAUUACGUUCCUUUGCUCGAUGUGGCCUGUAA